AUGUUGCCCGCAGUGACCACCACGGCCGCUGCCAUGUUCUUAAUGUUCUGGUCUUGGUCAACACUGUUGGCGUCAUCCCGAGGCGGCACAGUCGAGGCGGCCGUCCCGUCAUCUGAAGAUUGCGUCCUCGACCUAGCCAUCGUGUGCCUGGAUGACAAGUUGUUGGUGUAUGUCAACUGGCUAGAGAAACGGGAUAAACUGAACGUGGUCGGCAACUUCGUGACUAUCGUCAAAAAACAGUACGUGGGUCACGCCGAGGACCGGUCCAAGUUGCAUCUGAACUACAACAACAAGCAGCCACAGCAGCGGAUCAGCACAUCGCUGGGCCCAGCCAUCGAUGAGUACUUCGAUACGCACACCCUGAGGAUAUCGCUACCAUGGAUACUGGAUGACGAUAUUGAUCUGGAACUUGACCAACAAGGUACUUGUAAUGGAAUAGUAGAAGUGGCUAAUUCUCCGCCGCUGCUGUCAUAUAGACCGUAACUCAAUUGUUAGGAGAACUUGUACAGAAAACAAAGUGUUUAUUGAAUAUCGUUAGGUUUUUAGUUUAUUCUAUCAAUAGAUUUUUCAAAAACAUUCGGUAAUAAUAAGUAGAGAGAAGAUGCGAGAAAUGGCCGACAAUAUAGCCGUUUUAAAAUUAAAAAGCAAAUUAUAAUCAAAGUUUUGAUCAAAAUAACAAAGUGAAUUAUUUUUCCCCUUGGCAUUGAAAAAUCUAUAUCUAUGGCACUGAUACAAAAUAUUACAAUCUAGUUUGCUAUCUACCUGUAGAGAGUUUCGUAGUUUUCGUUCGAAAGAAACCAGAAAUAUUGUGCUAAGUAUAGUUAAAAUAUUGUAAAUAUACGAACAGAUAAUAGAAUGCUAAUAUUAAUAUUAAGAUUAUUAUGAAUUUUCCGUCAGAAAGAUUCCUAAAGACAAUUCGGUAGCAAAAAGAGUGUGUUAAUUUUUCUAAGUAUCUUAUGUAUAUUUAUUUCUGAACAGAGUGAAUAAUAUGUUGGUUUUACAAUGAUGAUUAUUUAUUUUUUUUUUUUCUGUAAAUAACUUUUCUACCAAAAGUUUUGCGCCGAUUUUUAGUGUAUCACUUUUUCUGAAAGAAAAUUGACUGGGAUGGUACUUUAAGAAGGUCAUUUCUUGAUUUUCCCAGGAGUUUUUAUAAUCAAUGGAAAACACUGGGAAGAAACGUAAGAAAAAUUGGAAAAUGUACGAAAUGUAUUAUUUUCAAAUCGUAAAUAUUAUGGCCUUUCAAAACAUAUAAAACCCAAUUUUACUCAAAUCAUUAAGGCAUCAUUAUAAAUGAUCAAUCUUUGCGUACAUAUACAUACAUUCAAUUUCCCAUCUACUUUCCCAACUACUAACUUACAACAGUGGCCAACCCAUUGUGCGAAGUAUGCCCGUUUUUUUUUUUUUAUUAUUUAUAUUUGCUAAUCAUUUUUCUACCAGAAUAUUGCUCCAAUCAAAAAUUAUAUAGGGACUUUCUUCUAGCAUUUUGAUUUUAGUUUAUGCAUUGAUAAGGCAAUCAUUUUUUUGAUUUUCCUUGUGAAGUGUUCUAUAUUAUUGAGAAAAACUGGAAAUUUCCUAUGAUUUCAUGAGAUACAUUAGCAAAAAGGUAAAAAAAAACACGAUAAAUACCUACCACUCUAUCCAAAUGGGUUUUUCAUUUCAAAUAAUUUACUGUUGCAAAGAUUUUACAAAUUAAAAAAAGGCUCAUUUCUAAUAGUGAACAUCAAUACCUGUCCGGUCCGUUAAUGGUCUACACAAACAUCAAAUAAAAACCGAGAACGGCAGAAACUAUUUAAAAUACUUGUGUAACAAUAUUGUUUUGUUUUAAAUAUAACCAUAAUAUCUUAUCAACUACGUCCUCAAAAUUCUAAAAAGUUAGUUAAUUAAACAUUGAUCGUGCGUGAAAGCUUAUAUAAGUGAUAAUGAAUUAAUCAUAUCAAAACCAUAAACGGUAAAGAAAAAGAUAAAAAAAAAAAAAAUGAGUGCAGCCACUGUUACAGGUAAUUUAAUAUAUAACUGUUGUGAAUAAAAAAAACGAUUCUGAGUGGAGUUCAGUUGAUAGUGCAGUUGCUUUGUCAACAAUAUGUAUGUAUGUAUAUCAUGGUAAAAUAAUUACAAAGGCAAUAUAAAUUUUCUUUACAAAUAUUUGUUACUUUUUGUACCUAUUUUCCCGUUUUUCUUACGGUUUUCCCAGGGUUUUUUCCGAAUUUCCCAUUUAUUGAGAAAACUAGUGAGAAAAAUCAAAAAAUUACGUCUCUAAAGAACAUUCCCAGUCAGAUUUAAUUUUAGAAGAAAUGCUAUUAUUAUAAAUCGGAGCAAAUUUGCUAGUAGAAAAGUUAUUCGUAGCAAAAUAAGGCCAUUAUAUUUUCAAAGACUUUUUUUCUAUGGACAACUUUUAUACUAGACAUCUUAAUCCGGAUUUUAAGUGUAUCAUAUUUUCAACAAAGCAACUACACUAUCAACUAAACUUCAUUCAGAAUCUUUUUUGUGUUAGUAAUGGUUAAUCGCUGAGUAUAAAUAUACAUAAAAUUCCCGUCUAUAUCCUUCCUUUCCAACUUCUCACACACAAUAGUAGCUGCACUCGUACCUAAUAUCCAAGAACAUUAUUUUUCAUUAUUAUUUGCUCUUUUACAAAAUUUCUUUUUGUUGCUUCAUAAAAACCCCAUUGAACCAAUUUGGUAUUUUGGCUUUAAGUGUGUCUAUGACGCAGCGUUCUUUUGGUUUAACCUAAGGUAUCUGUAUUGCUGGUUUGGGUCUCAAUUUUGAAGAGUAGGCAAGAUAAAAUAAAUAAAAACAUAUUUAUUUUCAGUUUCUACAUGUAAAUUUUACUGAUUUAUUAAUUUAAGAAUAUUGCUCCAGCACAGUUGGGUUUUGCAGCUAUAAAAUAAACAAGUAAAGCAGUUCUAAUUUUUAACUCAACGGACUUCAAAAAUUGCUAUUAUUAUAAAUGAGAGCAAAAUUAGAAAAAGUAGAAAAGUUGUUCACAGGAAAAAAUAAGGAUGUAAUAUAUUUUAACUAAUACCUACAUUUCUUAUACUUUCCCGUUUUUCCUCCGUUUUUUUUCUGUAUUUUAAAUUUAAUGAAAAAAAAUUUUGAAAAAUGACCUCUCUAAAAUACCUACCAAGUCGUAUUUCUUUUCAGAAAAAUUGCUACACUUAAAAAUCAGAGCAAGGUGAUUUCUGGUAGAAAAGUUACGUACAGAUAAAAAAAAAAUCUUUGUAAAACCAUAAACUUUCUGACACCAUUUAGAAUCAAAAACAAAAUAUUAAGUGCAAAUUUAUUAACAAGUGCGCAUCUUCAUAUUCCAAAUACGCAAAUUAGGCUCGACUACACUAAAAUAAGCACUAAAAAGUGCUAUCAUUUAAUCGGAUGCUUGUAAAUCGGAGUAAAAUUGCGAGUAGAAAAGUUGUCCACAAAAAAGAAAACCGUAAUAUAUUACUUAAAUUUUCAGAUUUUUUUCAAGUUUUUCCCCAUGCAUAAUAUAAUUUUUUCCAUGUUAUGUAUGUAUAACGUGUUAAAAAAAAGAUUUAUAACUCGUAUUAGUUUGCAAAUUAUUUUUUUUUUUUAGAUUUUCAAUGACAAACUAAUUUCAAGUCUAAAACUGGAGUCUAGGGGGUUCAGACCCCCUAGACCUCUCUCCUCCCGUAAAACCACCACUUAUAAAACUUCAUUUGCAAUAGUUUAUAGUUGCUUACAGAUAUACAUUAAGUUACCUAUAACAGUAGCUGAACAUGUUCCUAUUAUCCUAGAACGUUUUUUUUUAUUUUUUGUGUUGUUUUCUAAUUGACAAAAAUCGGAAAUAAACGUAGAAAUAAUGGGAAAGUUUACGAAAAUAAAGCUUUUAUUUUUUCGAGUAAAUUAAGUUAAUUCAGUUGUAAAUAUUUGUAGAGACUUGAAAUUUCGUAAACAAAUUUAUAUUUUUCCUUCCUAGAUGUGGUCAAAUUUUAAAAACAUUUCGACAAGUGUUGAGCUAUUUAUAAACAUUUUAGUAUUGCAAGAUUUUUAUCGUUUAAUCGAUAGGUAAUAUGUUCUAUGUGGAUCGUUUUAUCAAAUAGAAAUGCUUGAGAACAUAAAAAGAUGUUAAUGUAGUAAUUCUUUUGUUUAUAAUGAUUUAUCGUUGCUUACAGAUAUAAAUUAAACAACUUUAUGUUUUAUUAUAUUUCUAACUUCUCACCUACAACAACUACGCAAACAUCAGCAGUACCAGCUUAUUUUUUUUCUCUUUUUUCCGAUUGUAACUGUCGAAAAUAUAGGAUUUAAAUUGACAUUGCUAUUUCACUAUCACUAUUUUAUUUCAUUGAAUAAUGAAAAACUACACUGAAUGAUUAUGAAAAAUUAAUAUGGUAUCCCUUUACACUUUUCCGGGUAAAAAUUUAACUCUGUGUAGAUUGCAGUGUAUGUCGUCUCGAAGGAUAAAAAUAGUUAACCACCACUGCCCACCAUUAGAAAUCUAAAAUAUGUGUUUAAUUUUGAUAUAAGAGCUCUGGGGUGGCAGCCCGCCAAGAACUUAGUAAUAUAUAGAGCCCAGCUCCUCGUGGUUCUUAAAAAAAAAAAUAUAAUCAAUAUUUGUUAUGUACAUCCUCAAAAUACUAAUUUUUGGUUUAUAACAAAUCGUAUAAACUUUUUUUUUUUUUUUUGAUAUUGAUAGCAGAGAAAAAAUGUAGAUUAUUCUGAUUUUGUUUAAUGAUGGUAUUAUUAUUAUUAUGUUAUAACAUAUAAAACAACAAAUAACAAAUUUAUUUUAAUAAUUCUUUAACGAAUAAUUUAAGAAAAAUAGAAAUAUAAAAUAUUUGCUAAGAUUUAGGUAAAACUGUACAUGUGUUUAUAAUAUAGUGAGCCCCCCAUGACAUUUUCAAAACCUGACGUCUCUGAUCCUUACUGUAGGUAAAAUUAAUUAUUCAAGAUGGAAAUUUAAACGAUCUCAAAAUAAAAUUUUCAUUAUUUCGGAUUUUUCAUGAAAAUUGGAAAUUUCCUUCAAAGUUUUAAAUCUAACCUAACAGUGAAUUUUACGUGUAAGAAUUUAAAUUAUUAUAUUAUCAAAUAUGUACGUAUGGAAUAUCCAGUGAGUAAAUAAAUUAUAUAUUGGUAAACGUGUAUAUUUCAUAAAACUUCCAUUUUACGAACCUAUAUAUAACUAAAGUGCAAUUUCAAAUUAUCAUGACUCAUUUGAAUAACUCAUAGCAUCUAACAAAUACAUUUCGAACACGAUUUCGUAAUCUAUGUGACUGCGACAAGUGCUUGUAUAGGCACUGAUGGCUACUUUUUUUUUAAAUUAUUCAUAUUAUAUAUAAACCUAACUUUUAUCACUUCAAUCUACCAACAAAGCUACACUAAUUCUCGAGUUCAAGUUUAUAUGAUCCAGACAGGGAACCAUUAGAAGUGUCCGAUAGUGACGGGAAAAAGAUAAAUACAUAAUAUUAUAAAACAAAAUAAUGUAAUAAUCUCUAUUUUCGGAGAUAAUUCAACAAAAAAACAUGAAUACUUUUUACAGAAGUUAUGGAAAAGUCAUGGGACAUGUAUCCCCUAAACAUAUAGAUAGUCGUGUAGCCGCUUAAUCGUUAACAAGCGUGUUUAAAAAAAUAAUCACUGCUAUCACUAUUCCUAUUAUUAUUAAUAUCAUUAUAAUGGCGUUUAGAUAAUAGCAUUGUAGUUUCGUUUUCAAAAAUAAAUAAUGUAUUAAUGCCGUAUACUACAAUUAUGAAACGUUUAAUGAGUUUAAAAACCUAUAGGCACCCAAUGAAAUUAUUCUUCACUUAAAAUUCUAUAGCAUUUCGAUACCGUUCAAUAUAAUAUAGACUGUGUUGUACAGUAGUUCUAUAUAAAUAUUUCAUACCACCUACCUUGCGUAAAUAAUGUUUUAUUUUAAAAAUAUAAUAUAAUAUAUAUGUAUAUAUGUGUCAAUGAACUAGAAAAAAAAAUUACUGUUAAGUCACCGGAACAAAGGGGUUAAGGACAUUAAAUAAUAAUUUUAAAUACGCCGGCGUAUUUUAAUUCACUGACUACCUCGGACUAUCUAUGCACAAUACAUAUUGUACAGUCUAUAUAGAUAUCUAUAAUACUGUUGAUUGCGCGUGCACUAUCAAAUAAUAAUAAUAUAGUUUAGUAAUAAUAAUAAAUUACGUUUUUUUUUUUUUACCUAUAAUACAUUGUUAAUCAUCAACUUUCUCGUGGAAAUUCGGUUAUUAUAAUAUUCAAAGUCUAGAAAUAUUCUUCCACUGCAGUAAGUAUAGGUGACAGCUUCAGAUUUUCAGUGAACCGAGGAAUGUACCUAUUGGUUUUACUAUGAUGUGUUUUUUUUGUCUUCAACAACUUUUUCUACCGAAAAUCUUGCUCCAAACUAAGACACUUUAGUAACCUUCUUGUAGCAUUUUUAAUCUAAUUGGCAUAUUAGAUAAGUCAUUUUUUGAUAUUCUUUGAAGUUGUCUUAUUAUAUUAGGAAAACUGAAUUGAACGUAACAAUGUUCGUAAAACAACCAGAAAACUUGCUUGUGUUUCUAAGUGCAGCACCUUUUCUGAGAAAAAAUCAGCCUGGAAAGGUACUUUAAGAAGGUCAUUUUUUGAUUUUGCCAAGAGUUUUCUUCAGCAAAUGUGAAAACCGGGAUAAAACUUAAGAAAACUGGGAAAAUCGGUACAACAUUAAACAAAUAUUGUUAAAGAAAAUAUAUAGAGCCUAUUUAAUUAUUUUACUAUAAUAUGGCAAAAAUAUUGUUGACAAAGCAUCAAAACGAAUUUAGUUGAUAGUUCGAAUCGUUUUUUCUUAGAGUAGGUUAUAUAUGUAUAUUUAAAAUUCCCGUCUGUAUCCUACCUUCCCAACUUCCCACCUACACCAGUGGCUGCACCUGUUCCCAUUAUAUUUUUAUUAUAUUGUUUUAUAAUUAAAAAAUUAAGCCAUGCUUACUAGAUACGGAAAAUAGAUAGAUUUUGAAAUGCGUACACCUAUAAUAAGUUUUCUCCCUGUAACGUAACAUUAUUAAUCCACUAAAACUGAACGAAAGUCAUUCGCUUGAAAUAUUAAUUAUUUUUAAUAUUAUAUGUAGCCCAGUAUCAAGAACAUUUUAAAAGAAUCUAAAAAUUCAGUUAUACAUUAGUAUAAUCUAUUGUAUUGUAUAGAGCACAAUGUUGGACUGUAAGGAAAAAUGAUAAGUCAAGGCUAAUGAUUUUUGAAAGGAAAAUAUUAAGAAGGAUAUAUGGACAAUGCCGUGACCGAGGGAAUAGCAUAAAAGGCAAAAUAUUGAUCUUUGUGACCUGUACAGCAGAAAAUUGAUAACGCCAUGACGUGGCAUGCCAUAAAUAUUUUACUAGUUUACCUAUAAUUUUCUUCCAGGCUUUUCCCAAUUAUUUAAAAAACCUCUUAGAAAAUCAAAAAAUGACUUGUUUAAUGCACCAAACAAACAAAAUUAACUUUCAGAAAAGGUACUAUACUCUAUAUACCAAAGCAAAAUGUCUUUUCGAAAAGUUGUUUGAAGACAAACAAAAAAAUAAAACAGCACAUAUAGUAAAACCAAUAUCAUCACGCUCCAAAUCUAAAGUUAUAAAUAAUACAUUUCGUUACUUUUCCUGUUUCUUCCCAAUUUUUAUGAAUACCGCUGGGAAAAUCGAAAAAUAGCCUCCCUAAAGUACUACCCUGAUAAAAUUUACUUUUAGAAAAAGUGCCACAUUGAUACAUUGGAACAAGAUUUCUAGUAGAAAAGUUGUUCACAGAAAAACAUAAAAAUCUGAACAUCAUUGUAAAAUCAAUACAUUUUUCACUCCGCUUGAAAUCUAAAAUAAAUCGUAACAACUAAAAGAAAUAUUUAUACAUAAUUAUUAAAUGGAUAUGAUUAAUCUUUAUUUAAUUUUAUGUAAUGUUUUCUCAAUUUUUUUUUUUUUUUUUUUGUUAACCACUUUUCUUUAUAUUACCUUUUCAAAGAUACCUUAAUUAAAAUAUUAUACGUGUCUUGGCAUACAUUUUUACUAAGUUUUUAAUUAAUUCAAGUAGUUAGAAAUAUUAUAGGUAUACGAAUUUAAAAUCAGGCUACUAGGGUAUAAUACGAUCCAUGCAAACUGGAAAGUUCCAAUUUCCUGAACGGCCACUCCGCCUCUAGCUGUUAUGUUUUGCAAACCCACAAAUCUAUUAUUAAAGUUUUAAGUACCUAAGAACUAUAAUUGAGCAGCCAUGUAGAUGCUUUUAAGUAUUUUAAUUUUUAAAUAAAAUAUAAAUAUUUUUAAAUAAGAUAUAAGUAUUUUUAAACUAUGAUAAUUCCAUACUAAUAUUUCGCAUACCAUUUAAAAUAUUGAAAAUAAUCUCCAUGAUUACAAAGAUAAUUUCUUUACCUUAACGUUUGAUACUAGGUCAAUUCACUAUAAUAUUAAUACUAACAGCACAAAUUUGUCCUUACAAAAUGCAAAUUUGCUAUAUCGUACGUUUCAAGACGGAGACAAUAUAAUAUAUGACCUAUCACGUUUUAUUGUAAGUACCUAUGUUAUAAUUAGGACCAAAAUAAUUGUAAUAAGGAAGUAUUAUAGCUCCAAAAGUGACAAAUUUAGCAGAGAAAACGUCUAUACAUCACAUUUAUAUUACUGAUAUCAUACAGUUAUUAUUAAACUGCUUAGUCUGCUGAAAUGAUCAUCUGUCACGGUCGUCGAUAUUUAAUAUUAUUUGAUAGAUUACGAGUGAACGAAACUUUAUACCUGACAGUAGUAUAAUAUGAAAUUAUUAAUGUUAUUAUUAACAUGCUGAUAUUGUAUAUUUGUAUAGUAUUAGAGUCGAUUUAGCGUUCAUCAAAAACUUCUGAGUUUUGGAAUAUUUACUUAAAAACGCAUGUCACAUGAUAGUUCAACGUCUCAAACUUCGGAAACUGAAUUAAAAAACUUCCGCGCGAUUUUACUCAUAAAUUUAAACCCACAAUAUUAAGGGAGAAACAUCACAAUUACAUUAUAACCAUUUCAAUAAUCUAAUAUUAUCAAUUGUAAUAUUAUCAAAAUGUUAUCGAAAAGCCUAAAGGUACGACUGUAAAGAACAGUAUUCGUUAAUAAGUGCUACACUUGAUACUUCAGGACAAGAUUUCUGGUAUUAAUUUUGUACUCAGUAUAAAAAAAGAAUAUAAAAAAAAAAAACAGUGUAAAACCAACAUAUUCUUUGCUACGUUCCGAAUUUUAAACUACAAUUUACUAUACAUAAUUAAUGAUUAUUAAUGUACCAAUUAUGUUGAUUGUAAAAAACGUACGAAAAAAAUGUUGAAACGGAAUAAUAUAAUGACAAAAUUAACUUCGACAACAAAUUCAUCGAAUUUGUAGAACGAAAACGGGUAGACCUCACCAAUGGCGUACUCAGGAUUUUUUAAUAAGGAAGGGGGAAAGACUAAAAAUAAAUUAAUAUACAAUAAUAUUCAAGCAAUAUAUAACUACGUUUAUCAUAAAAACCUUCUUUUUUUUUAGGUUAUUUUACAAAUUUCAUAAUUUUUUAGUUUAAAUAUGCUGCAUAGUUGAAUAAUAAAUUAGUGCAAACGUGCAAUCAACGAGGUAAACUGGAUAAGAUCCGGUCCACUGGCUUAGAAAUUAUGGCGGAUCUGAUUAGGUGGAGUUCUUGUUAUUUUAUUAAUUUCAAGUAACUACAAUAUAAAUUACAAUUAUUGUGUUAUUUUUACACAUUUUAUUAUAAAUUUGAACUUAAAAUAUGCAUAUAAAAAUAAAUUAGAUAUAAACCUCAACUUUGUGUUUUGUCUCAAAGAACAAUUUAAUAUGAUGAAUCAAGUUUUACAUUUUUAGCAUUUAUAUAAACCCACCAAAUGUUAACUAUAUAAUACCAAACAAGUUUUCAAAAAUUUUAAAAAUCUUUUUUUAUUUAUAAAUAACUCAAAUGUUUCAAAAUAUUUCAAAACAUUUUUCACGUCUAGAAAAUAGUUUUAUAAAUAUAGAUAUUCAAUAAAAAUUUCGUAUCUCAACGAUUUUAUUUUAUCAAAUUACAAUGGAAAAUACAAAAACGAUAAUAAAAACCUAAAUAUUCACGUUUAUCCGAUAUUACUCUAUGAUUUAUCAAAUUCCAUUUUUUUUUUUUUUUUUUUUUUAUCAUUAUGUGUAUGCAUAUAUAAUACACUACGUUUUAGAUUUAUUGAUAACUGAAUAAUUAAUUAAGUUAUUAUAAUUCUUUUUUUGACUCGAUAUCUACUGAUUAUUUUUACCGUGAUGUCAUGACUACUGCCGAAUUUCAACCAAACACACGUUCAAUUAGAUUUCCACUUAUGAAUUGAUACUAGGUACAUUUUGAUAUCGUAUUUCUAAUAUCAGAUAAUCUUCGAAUGAAACAAUUUUGUCCAUUCGUCGAUUUUCAGUUAAACACGUUUUCUAUUCGAACAAACAAUGACCGCAUAUUAUCCGUACGAGAUUUCAUUGCUCGUCAUUAAAAAAAAAAAAAAACAAUACAAAAUCCAAUACCUACGUCUCUCUACUGCAACAGUAUAAAUAAUAAUACUAUGGGCUUGUCUAAUCUGCGUCUAUCAUAAAAAUACAACACGGGCCAUAUUGGUAUAUGAUCACAAUGACGGCGAAAAAUAUUUCGAAAACAAAAUUAAAAUAAUAUUAUUGCUGUCUUCACAUAUAGUAAAAAAAGUCAGUCGCGUUAAAGUCUCCGUUAAUUAUAUUUGAAAAAUCAUCCUCCGCCUGAAAUGGUGAAUUCCACAUAUCAUUUUAGGUCAUUUGUGAAUUUAUUACUUUAAUUUCUUCUACGGUACUUGUCAUCCGUAAUGAAUUGAAUGUAAGAGCAUUGACUGUGAUUAUGGUUUGUACGUGCAAUGUGAAUUUGGAGAAAACUAAUACAGAAUCAGAUAGCAGCUAUAUAAAGAAUGAUGAUCGACGAGUGAAAGGACGAAGGGGUACUCUGCGGAAAUCGUUAUCAAUCUACUACAAAGACCUAGGAAAAAAAUUAGAAUUAUAGAUUAGAAGAAAUUUGUUAUAGAGACGAAUAAAAAAAAAAAGUCGUUACGACAUGUACGUCUUGCUAGGCCCCCUCCCCAUAUAAUUUGGAAACUGUCGUUCUUUUUCAUUUCAAUAUUUAGUAUUUAAUUAGUACCUAUGUAUUAAUAUAACCAAACCCGGAAUUUGUAUAACAUUUUUUAUUAGAGUAAAUUAUCUUUUAAAAAGGGGGCUGGAGAGACGUCUCUCUAGCCCCUUCCCCAUAUGUAAAUAUAUGUAAAAUUAAAAAUUCUAUCAACUAUCAACUAAACUCCGUACAAAAUCGUUUUUUCCUAAGCACUGAUUUAUUGUUGAUUACAGGUAUAGGUACAUUAAAUUAUUUAUGGUAUAACAGUGGCUGUACCCGUCCCUAUAAUCCUAGGAUGUCUUUUUACUUAUGUACGUGUGUUCAACUACCACUUUUCCGGUAAAAUAUCAGUUACAAAGCUACUUUUAUUAUGAAUACUUAUUUAAAUAACCAACUUAAAUUACUUUUCAAUUAAUAAAUUCAAUUACAUAUGAUAAGUUUAAAAAUACAUAAUAUUCUAUAGAUACUUUUAUGUAUUUUAUAUAGAUAAAUAAUAGUAAUUGUUAUUACUAAUUAUAUUUGUUUUUAAAUACACCGAAACUUCUUAAAUUUGUAAUUCAUCUUUUUGGAGUGUAAAAAAAUAAUUAGGUAAAUAAAUAAAUAAUAAUUAUUAGAAUGUUUCUAUAAUACUUGAAUUAUUUAAUUUAAUUUUCUUUAGGUAGGUUAGGUUAGCUCAAAGGUUAGCUUUAUAGGAGUGGUGGUUUGUUCACCACCCAAUACGUGAAAAUGUAGAGAAAAAUGAUGUGAACCCGCCCCACCGCAAGGGAAAACAGGAUUAUCACCAACCAUUAAUUUUAACGUUUUAUUACACCGAUAAACGGUGGCAGACGCAAUACUUCACGGUAAUCCCGGAUAGGCAGAAGUAUUUCCGACACCGAAAAAAAAGAAACCAAUCAUAUUAAAUACACAAGUAAAACACAUAAUGUAUACAAGACGUUAUACAAUUGAAAACUUUAUCGUGAACCGAUAAUCUAUUUAUUUGAUGAUACAAAAAUGGUUAAAUAUAGUCAAAAAUCUAUCGUAAAAUACGCAGUGAAAAAUUAUUAUUAUUUUUGUUAUCAAAUACAAUGUAUUAAUGACUAGUUGUUGAGAUACAAAAUUGGUACGGAUAACAAUUUAUUAUGGUCAAACAUUGAUAAAAGAAAACAGUUUAUAUCCUACUAAUAUUAUAAAUGUGAAAGCUUGUAAGAAUGUUUUUUACUCUUUUACGCCCUAACUACUGGACGGAUUGAGCUGAAAAUUUGAAUAGUAGUAGUUCUAGAUUAAGAAUAACAUAUAGACUAUUUUUCUCCGUAUUUCACCAUUAAAGGAUGGUAAAUACUGCGUGAUUGAUAUAAUUGGUACGAAAAUCGAAUUAUUUUUAUUGAUUUAUAAGUUACCUUGGUAAUACGGAUAAAAUAAAAAAAAUGUUAGUAUGAAUUCAUUUAGUUGUCAGGAACAAAGAAAUACCCUUUAAAAAAAAUUACUGAGAAAUAACGGCUAGCUGGGAUAGUUGAAGACGGAAACGGGAAGUCAUUUGUAAUUUUUUUUGUUCAAUACUUUGCACGAGCAAAGUGGUACGAAACAGCUAGUAAUAAAUAAUUAAUAAUAAAAUAUCUAUAUAUACUACAUAUCCAUGCAAUUAUACACAAUAAUUAACAAUUUAGUUUUGAUCGUCUGCAAUUCCUAUUGAAAGUUUCAUCAAGUUUGAUAGUCAAAAAUGACUAUCAAUAAAUCACAGGGUCAAACCUUGAAGGUAGCAUUAAGGCAUGCCAUUUUUUUCACAUAGUCAACUCUACGUAGCUUGCUCACGUGUUUCUAAGUCGCAAAAUCUGCAUGUUUUGCUGAAAAAAAUUAAUCUUUCAGUUUAUAGGAGUGUAUUGCAGUAAGUAGAAAAGGCCUAAAAACAGAUAAUAAUCGAAGUUUGUACGGACGAAAACAACUGCUUUAUGUGUAAUUCAUAUCACCACAAUGUAAAUGAAAUAAUAAAAAUAAUAAUAAUAGUAAAAUCUAGCAAUAGCAAAGUAUAUCCAGGACAGCUAGUAUUUUAUACAUUGUAAGCCGAUGAAAAAUCGGCAACACGACAAAUAGAUUAUAAUUGACUUUUGCCCGGGAAGAGACGUAAUAGGGAUUUUGGGAAUGGACAUACAAAUACCUACAUACUAAAUAUAGUAUAUAUAGUAUAUAUAGUAUAUUAGUUUUCAAUAAUUGAUAUAUAGAAGAGGGGCUGGAGUGACGUCCCCACAUUUAAAAGUUGAUUUACUGUAAUAAAAAUAGCAUAUAAAUUCCAAAUUUGGCCACACAAAUAUAUAAUACUAAUAAUACUAAUAUAUAUACUGAAUAUUUAAAUUAACAAAAAAAGUCGAUUUCUGAUUUUUCCUCCGUUCGUACAUAAUCCCGUACCUAACCCAACCGUACCUAUUUUCUUGUAAAGACUUUUCUUUCAAAAAAAAUAUAAACUUUAUUUAAAAAUAAUUGUGUCGAAAUUCAAUUCAUUAUAUUUUAUUGUUGACACAAUCAAUCAUCAUGUCUCGUCUCAUAAUACAAAUAAUUACAAUAAUUUGAAAUUCGUGUCCCUGACAUUUUGUCACCACAUGGGCGGUAAUAAUAAUAAUAUAAUAAUAACUUAUAACGUCCUAAUCGAACAUGACAUUAUUAUUGACUUUCGGUUCUUAGCUUUAAUUGUAUUAAUAAAAUUCACGAAAUUCCAACUAAAAAAAUUUGUAAAAACAAGUGAUUUUCUUCAAUAAAUUUGAUUUAUUAUCGAGAGUAGCUUGUCAAAAACAUUCGAAAAUGAAAACUAUAGUAAAUACUCAUAAUUACUUAUAAUAUUCUAAUAGAUAUCAACUGUUAUUUUCGCAUAACUCACGAUCGCGUUCUAAUCGUCAAUAGGAAAUCAGUAGUAGGCUGAAGCCCAGUAGAAUAUAAUAAUACAAAUAACAAUUAUGCACUUAAAAUAUUAUCGAGUGUAUUAGUAUCAGACACGGAUCCACAGCAAAGAUCUGGGGGGGGGCAACAAUAUUUUUUCCAACACAAAUAAAAUUAAAAUAUAAUAUAAUACAUUAUGUAUAUUAUUUUUUCAUACAUACUAGUGAUUGGAAUAUAGGAUCAGAAUAAUAAAAAAAAAAAAAUAGAAGAAAUAAUAUAUCUGGAGGGAGGCCUGGGUCUCAAGCCCCCCCCCCCUUAGAUCCAUCCCUGGCUGGUAUUGAUAACUAUAUCAGUCUCGAGAGUUUGUUCAUCGUCGAGACGUUAGCAAGGCAAUAUAAGGCCGUCGUAUUGUAUUAAUAUAAUUAUGUAUUAUAUUAUACAGUAUAUUAUGCAAAAAUAUUUAUCUGAAAUAUCGUGAAUUAGGUAUACGAAAAAAACGAAAAACGUACUAAUAUACAUACAUCUAUAAUAUUAUAAAAAUUUCGUCGUUUUCGCUUUACUCGGUCACGUUAAAUUGUGUUCGAUUAUUGCUGGAAAUAAAUGUAGUAUAGGGUAAACUAUUUAAUAAAUGUUGUACCCCGAGUCAAAUAAGCUUUUUUUUAAUACAUAGUACAUAAUAGACAAACAAUUUGCCUAUUUCCGUACAUCGACGAAACGAAAUAAUUAAUAAUAAUUUUUAUUGUCAAAACCGAAAUCCCGCUGUCUAAAGGAGCAAAUUUAGUCUUUGUUUAAAUGGUCACCAUUAUUAUUAUUACAAUACCUAUCUACAUUAUCUACAGAAAACGAAUCACCGCGCCGCUGCGACUCCAGGGCACUAACAUUGUUUUUACACCGAAACAAGACAUAUGUUCAUCUUAAAAUCUUAGUAGUUCUGUCAUACAGGUUUUCGUAUUUUUACUGUGGAAAUCCGAAAAAAAAAAACAAUAAAAGACAAGCCAACACAUAUCUCAUUUGUGUCCAUGCCGUCCGAUCGGCUGAUUUUUUUUUCUCAGCAACAAUGAUUUGUCAGACAAAACAGAUACUGACUGAACACAAAUAUACGAUUAUCGAAACAAGUAAUUACCAGUCUGUGCAGUUUGGGUGUUGUGUGCACGUGUGAACCAAAAAGACAAACGUUGUGCUACCGUUUUCAUUAUUACUGCCAAUGAAUUAUAUACAUUUAAUACUUUUGUAUUUAAAGAUUCUGUGUGAAGAGAGAAAUUGGUUUUAUUAUAAUGUAUGUUUUUUUUCUGGUUUUUGUCAGUAAACUACUUUUCUACCAGAAAGUUGCUCCAAUUGAAAAAUACCAAGAGGGCUCUUUUAUUCCAUUUUGGAUAUUGUCGAUGAAUUAAAGAGUUUAUUUUUAUUUUUGCUAUUUAUAGACAUUUUCCAUUUUUAAAUUGUAUGUUUAAUUCAUAUUUAGUAGGUAUUAGGAGCUAUGUGGAUACAAUUGUUUAACUAAACAGAAAUUCUCACAAAUUUAACACGUGGUUCAUUAUCAAUUAUACUUAAUGGAAACCUUAGUUAGGAAAUAUGAGUGUAUACGGUUUUUUUUAUGUAAGAAUUUUAAUAUAAAAUUUAAACAAACAUAUUAAGAGUUACGGUAUUUCAAAAUAUUUGCAACACUGUUUGGAACACUUAACACGAGGUUUAUUAUAAGUUGUACAUUAUAAGUUGUACUUGUACUUAGUGGUAAAUAAAAAAAGUAAAAUAUUAUGUAGAAUAUUUUUCUAUAAUGGGUUUUAGAUUAAAUUUUGAAAAAAAAAAUCAUAAAUAUUAUGAAAUAAUAUUAUUAUUAAUAUUAUGGCCAUAGCCUUUUAAAUCAUGUAUAAACGAACUUCUCUCAGAAUCGUUUUUCGUUAGUAAUAAUUUAUCUUUAAUUACAGGUAGAAAUUGAAUAACUGUACAUAUCCUAUAUUCCCAACCUCUCACUUACAACAAUUAAGCACCCAUCAGCAUUAUCAGCUCACUUUUUUUUUUUAUUUUUGAGCUUUUUUGAAGUUUUUUUAUACCAGCAAUCUUGCUUUAAUCAAAAAAUGCUAAAAGACCGUUGUUUGAUGCAUUUAUUAUUUUUCGACAUUUUAACAAAACGAAAAACAUCUCUAUAAAAUAACGUGUCAAACAUGUACAUAUCCACUCUGGUUUCGUAAUUAUUUUGUUUGGGAACAAAAAAAAUGGAAAACGCUUUUCAGCUCGUGAAUAUUUUCACGCAGUUUCAAUGUCGUGAAAACCACUCGGGGUGGCGUCCCAAAACGUCGUGUAAAAUAAUGUUCCGGGUCAAUUGGUUGACCAAAUAAUAUAAUAUACUGCAGUCACGAAUCAUUGAUCACAGUAAAAUAAUAUCGUUGUCUUUAUACAACAUCGAUAGUAUCGUCUCCUUAUUGUUUAGACUAGCGAUAAUAAUGGCUAAAAAUUCGUUGAGUGCAGCAGCCGACACGCGGGUAAUUUGAUGUAACAUCAGUGUAAUUUAAGCGCUCCGGAUGCUCUGAAUUUUUUGGGUACAAUGCAUAUACUAUAUAUUUCUAUUGUCAAUAAAUAAUUGUCAUUUACAAUAUGGCACGCGCAAUUAUUAUUUUCGCGGUCGUGAUCGUCGCAAUUUACGUGAACAAUUUAUUCAUUUCGGUCGCACUCUUUUUCUUUUCCUUCGAUUAAUAAUACUCUCUAUAUUACUGAGUCGCAUAAACGUCUAAUAAUUAUUUAUUGAUUCGAUAAAAUUUGGUAAUAAUUAAGGUCAGAUUUAAGAUUUAAAAAUUAGUUUUAAUCUGAAGAUGUUUAAAUUUACGAAGAAACUUACUACUGAAUAGUGAAAGUACUUAUUUCGUGGUAGCCCCUCAAAAUUUGAAUUUAUGAAGUAAUCUGGGUGUGAGCCUGUUAGACCCACCUAAAUUCAGUUUUUAUAACAAUAAUUAGUUCAAUAAAAUUAUUUGACUGUCACAAAAAUGACUUUAGAAUAUUAAAUGCCCGAUGUUGAUUCGAUAAAUAUUACAAAAACCGCUCAAAACAUUGAUUUUAAACCAUUAAAAAUAAUAUAUAACUUUCAGUUUUCAAAAUGUUUUCUCAUCAUACGUUAUAAAAUUAUUAUGCAUAUAAAUAUGUUUUAACCUCAGAGAGUAUAUGAUGUUACGGGUUAAGCAAACUCGUUGCUUAUAGCUCCUACUAGUGGAAAGCUUUUAUGGGUAAUUCCAAUAAACAUAUUGAAUUGUUUUUAUAAGGUGGAGAAAUUCACAGCCAGUGUAAAAAUGUUCUUAAAUAGUUUGAGAAGCCCUAAACAAAACUUGGGUAAAUUGUCCUACCUGAAAUAUAUGCGUGUGUGAAACAUGGUCGAAUACUAAAAGAGAUGAGAAAAAAAUGGCUUGUUUUGAAUGAAGAGUGCUUAAAAGUAUAUAUGGGCCUAUUUUAGAAAAUUAAGUGUACAUAAGAACUAAUGGAGAAUUACAAUAAAUUUACCAAAAUACACGGUGAUACCGUGCCUCAUGAGUAAACACAUCGAGUGGACAAGCCAUGUAUGGAAGUCAAGCGGUAUUUUAAAGAAAGUUCUAAAAAGAAAUAUCAAUGGAAAAUGACCUAGGAGUCACCAUGGACUGACCAUAGUGCUGAGUAGACAGAGUCAAUGGUGAUAAAAUUAUCGUUGAGGUCUCCAAUUUAUUGAUUGGAGACCAAUUGAAAAACGACAAGAGACCUUUUGUGUUGAACUAUUAAUCUUGUUUUUGCUAAUGCAGUUCAUUUUUUUGAUUUUCGAAUUAGUUUUCAUAAUAAUCUGGAAAAAACGUGAAAAAUUUAAGUUAAAAAAAAUUACGGCACUUUAAAUUUUAUAUUACCGAACUGCUGUGCUCGGAAUCAUCUUUCGUCAGCAAAGGUUUAUCGCUGUUUACAGAUAUAAAUGAAAUAAACUUAUAUCCCACCUUCCCUACUAUCCACCUACAACAGUAGCAGAACUCAUCCCCAGUAUCAGCUUUUUUUUCAUUUCCUUUUAAAUAUAUAAGGUUAAAUAUAAAGGUUAAUGCAGUUAAAUGUAAAAACACCCUGCAAUAUACCCAAAGAUUUUCUCUGUAUGAUAUGCAAUUUUAGUAACUCUAUGAUAAAAAUGUAAAACGGUUUAAAAAACCGAAAAUCAUUUUAAAUUAUUUCUCAACUACAAUACCAAUAAAAUGUAAAAAUGAGAUGGUGAGACUAUAUUUGUAAAAGAAUUUAAAAGUGAAUUUGAAUAUUUUUGAGUUGAUCAAUUUUCAUAUUUUUUUUUUACUAGGGUAAAAUUACCUAUACUCUUCCUCUUAAAAUAUUCUUCUGUCGUUUGUUGUAUUACUAUGAUAAAAUAAUGUUGUCGUUUUCUAGGCCGGGGUAAGAAACCCAAAAUGAAACAGCUCAAGAAACUCAUGUCACUAAUGGGCGUCAUCAUGUGCGCUAAACUGUCACUAAUGGGGCCACUGGCCAUGAUGAUGAUUGGCGUCAAAGCCCUGAAGGCCCUGAUGCUAGCCGUCGUUUCACUAACCAUAUCCAAACUAAUGUUACUGAAGAAGUUCAAGGGGAGCGGAGGAAACGGAGGUGGUGGCUGGAGUGGAGGUGGAGGUGGUGGCUGGAGCGGCGGAAGUAGCGGACACAUCGUCCAGGCCGCCGAUUGGUCAGCCGAUAAAGAUGACAGAAACGCACACUUGCUCGCCUAUGCUGGCCACUCAGGAUCGCCGACUGGUAUAGCAGGAAUGUCACCCCAAAUGCAAUCCCAACAGACACAAAUGUAUCCUUCGUAUGAACCACAUGGCUAUCACGGAGCUGCUUAA